ACGAGUCUAUUUCUUUUUGAUAUUCAAUAGUUUGCAAUUGCAACAGUCAGUCAUAAGUACCCAUGCAUAUUGGAAACGAACUAACGCUUAGUUGUUCAUCUAACCAGCUUUUUGCCGAUGUAAUUGCUUGUAGCUAGCUACUAGCUAACUCACAUACCGGUAACCUUAGGUAGCCGCUGUCUAUAAUGCUUCAUAAUAACAUUAACGUUAGUUGGCGAGCUAAUAGCUGCUACUUAGCCCUUUCAGUUUGACAAAUGCCAAAGGUUUUAGGCACUUUUCGGGGAUAAAUCCGUUAUCUUGAUGUAAAAAUGCUUUACAAAUAGGCAGCUUCGAUGUUGAGAUGAGAUAAUUAUUUACCGACCAGUUUCCAGGUAGCUAUGCUAACUAGCUAUCUGUGUGUCUCAUGUUGAAAUCUCUGCACACACAGUACAUGAUGAUUUGGCAGUGAGUGUACAUGAUGAAUCGUCCCAAGCCUACAACGAUCAGGCGGCCUAGUGCUGCAAAGCCCUCAGGUCACCCUCCUCCUGGAGAUUUCAUAGCAUUGGGGUCAAAGAGUGGCGGAGAGUCCAAAGCACCUGCAGUUCUCCUUAAGCCAGCGUCCACCUUACCCACUGACCGUAAACGAGAGACUUCCUCGUCACUUCCAUCCUCCUCUGGCCUGUCCGGCCUCGUGAAGCGCCCCAAGAUCUCCUCUACCCCUCCUGUCAGCGCCCUAGGACGACUGGCUGAUGUGGCAGCAGUGGACAAAAGGGCUAUAUCGCCUUCGAUCAAGGAGCCCUCAGUGGUGCCCAUAGAAGUCCCCCCAGCAGUGCUCCUGGAUGAGAUUGAGAAUGCAGAGCAGGAUGGAAAUGAUGAUCGCAUUGAAGGGGUGCUCUGUGGAGCUGUCAAACAGCUGAAGAUGAACCGGGCUAAACCUGACAUAACACUAUACCUCAGCCUCAUGUUCCUGGCCAAGAUUAAGCCCAAUCUCUUCGCCACUGAAGGCAUUAUUGAGGCCUUGUGCAGUCUCCUUCGCCGGGAUGCCUCCAUCAACUUCAAAGCAAAGGGCAACAGUCUGGUGUCUGUGCUAGCCUGCAACCUGCUGAUGGCAGCCUAUGAGGAGGAUGAGAACUGGCCAGAGAUCUUUGUCAAAGUGUACAUUGAGGACUCUUUGGGGGAGCGAAUUUGGGUAGACAGUUCCCAUUGUAAGGAUUUUGUGGACAAUAUCCAGACUGCCUUCAGUACCAAAAUGCCUCCAAAGAGUAUGCUGCUGCAGUUGCAGACUGACACUGGCCGUUCCGGUGGAGAUAUCAGUGCAGGGAGCAGUCCUCACCCCUCCACCCCAGAUGAGGAUGACAGCCAGACUGAAUUGCUGAUUGCUGAGGAGAAACUUAGUCCUGAAGAUGAUGGACAAGUUAUGCCAAGGUACGAGGAGCUGUCUGAGAGUGUGGAGGACUAUGUUCUAGAUGUCCUGAAGGACCAGUUGAACCGCAGGCAGCCCAUGGACAAUGUGUCCCGUAACCUGCUGCGUCUGCUCACUGCCACCUGUGGCUACAAGGAGGUGCGGCUUAUGGCUGUGCAGAGGCUGGAGAUGUGGCUGCAGAAUCCAAAGCUGACCCGUCCAGCUCAGGACCUUCUCAUGUCUCUCUGUAUGAACUGCAACUCCCAUGGAGCGGACGACAUGGAGGUGAUCUCCAACCUCAUCAAGAUCCGCCUGAAACCUAAAGUCAUCCUCAAUCACUACAUGCUCUGUGUCAGGGAGCUACUGAAUGCACACAAAGACAACCUGGGAACUAUGGUGAAGCUGGUGAUCUUCAACGAGCUGUCCAAUGCCAGGAACCCCAACAACAUGCAAGUCCUUCACACACUGCUCCAGCACAGCCCAGAGCAGGCCCCUAAGUUCCUGGCCAUGGUGUUCCAGGACCUGCUGACCAAUAAGGAUGAUUACCUGCGUGCCUCUCGAGCAUUGCUGCGAGAGAUCAUCAAACAGACCAAGCACGAGAUCAACUUCCAGUCCUUCUGCCUGGGUCUGAUGCAGGAAAGGAAGGAGGCCACCUACGUCGACAUGGAGUUCAAAGAACGCUUUGUGAUCCAGGUGACAGACCUGCUCACGUGCUCCAUGAUGCUGGGCAUCACAGCUCAGGUCAAGGAGGCUGGCGUUGCGUGGGACAAAGGAGAGAAGAAGAAUCUGGAUGGUCUGAGAUCCUUUCAGAAUAAUAUCGCUGCCAUUCAGAGGGAUGCUGUGUGGUGGCUUCACUCUGUUGUUCCCACUAUUGCCAAAGUGCCAUCCAAGGACUAUAUACACUGUCUUCACAAGGUGCUUUUCACAGAGCAACCAGAGACCUACUACAAGUGGGAUAACUGGCCCCCUGAGAGCGACAGAAAUUUCUUCCUGCGGCUGUGCUCUGAAGUGCCUCUGCUGGAGGACACUCUGAUGCGUAUCCUGGUCAUCGGACUGUCCCGUGACCUGCCCCUGGGCCCGGCCGACGCCAUGGAGCUGGCGGACCACCUGGUGAAGAGGGCGGCCGGGGUCCAGUCUGAUGGUACAACAUCUGCAACAGCAAUGGAUCUGGAUGUGUUGAGAGUAGAGCGGCUCCAGCUGAUUGACGCAGUGCUGAACCUGUGCACCUACCACCACCCAGAGAACAUUCAGCUUCCUGCGGGCUAUACUCCUCCGAACCUGGCGAUAGCCACACUCUACUGGAAAGCGUGGCUCCUGCUACUUGUGGUGGCCGCUUUCAAUCCACAGCAAAUAGGCUUGGCUGCCUGGGAUGGCUAUCCCACACUGAAAAUGCUCAUGGAGAUGGUCAUGACAAAUAACUACUCCUACCCUCCAUGCACGGUGGCCGAUGAGGAGACCAAGACAGAGAUGAUCAACCGGGAGAUGCAGGUGUCCCAGAGAGAGAAGCAGGAGAUCCUGGCCUUCGAGAGCCACCUGGCGGCUGCCUCCACCAAGCAGACCAUCACAGAGAGCAACAGCCUGCUGCUGUCCCAGCUCACCAGUCUGGACCCACAGGGCCCCCCUCGCAAACCCCCACCCGCAGUCCAGGAGCAAGUGAAGAGCCUUAACCAGUCCCUUCGCCUGGGUCACCUCCUCUGUCGCUCUCGCAACCCUGACUUCCUGCUCAACAUCAUCCAGAGACAGGCCUCCUCUCAGUCAAUGCCCUGGCUGGCUGAUCUGGUGCAGUCCAGUGAGGGGUCCUUAGACGUGCUGCCCGUGCAGUGCCUGUGUGAAUUCCUGCUUCACGAUGCUGCAGAUGACAACUUGCCCAUCGAGGAUGACGAGGAAGGAGAGAGCAAAGAGCAGAGAGCCAAGAAAAGACAAAGGCAACAAAAGCAGAGGCAGCUCCUUGGACGGCUGCAGGAUCUGCUGUUGGGUCCUAAAGCUGACGAACAGACCACGUGUGAGGUGUUGGACUACUUCCUGCGCCGCCUCAGCUCUUCUCAAGUGGCAUCAAGAGUCCUGGCUAUGAAGGGUCUGUCUCUGGUGCUGACUGAGGGGGGUCUGAAGGAUGGAGAGGAGAGGGACCAGCCCAUGGAGGAGGACUCCAGAGAUGCUGAGCUCCUGCCAGGAUACCAGUGGCUCCUACAGGACCUUCCCAAGCUGCCCCUGUUCGACAGCGUCCGGGGAAUGACCUCCACCGCUCUGCAACAGGCCAUCCACAUGGAGACAGACCCACAGACCAUCAGCGCCUACCUCAUCUACCUGUCCCAGCAUGCACCAGUGGAGGAGCAGGCAUCUCACAAUGACCUCGCUCUGGAUGUGGCCCGUCUGAUUGUCGAGCGUUCCACCAUCAUGAACAGCCUGUUCUCCAAGUACUCCUGCCGGCCCGAGUCAGACGCUGUGCUCUCAGCCCUCAUUUCCAUCUUCUCCAGCUACAUCAGGAGGAUGAGGAAGACCAAGGAGGGAGAGGACCUCUACAGCUGGUCAGAAUCUCAGGACCAGGUGUUUCUGCGUUGGACCACAGGGGAGACGGCCACCAUGCACAUUCUGGUGGUCCAUGCCAUGGUCAUUCUCCUGACGCUCGGGCCACCCAAAGAGGAGAGUGACUUCUUCAACCUCCUGGACAUCUGGUUCCCCGACAAGAAACCCCUCCCCACCGCCUUCCUGGUGGACACCUCCGAGGAGGCCCUGUUGCUACCUGAUUGGUUGAAGCUGAGGAUGAUCCGGUCAGAGGUUUCACGAUUGGUGGAUGCAGCGCUGCAGGAUCUGGAGCCCCAGCAGCUGCUGCUGUUUGUUCAGUCGUUUGGCAUCCCCGUGUCCAGUAUGAGUAAACUGCUGCAGUACCUGGACCAGGCCGUAUCUCACGACUCACAGACACUGGAACAGAACAUCAUGGACAAGAACUACAUGGCUCAUCUGGUGGAGGUGCAGCAUGAGCGAGGCGCCACAGGGGGGCACACUUUCCACGGGUUGCUCAGCUCCUCUCUCCCUCCUCGCAGAGAUAGUACUGAGGUGAACAGAGCCAAAGUUACCGUGGAAACUCCUAGUGGCUCCUUGAAGAUGAGAGCCAAUCAGAUCCCAGUGAUUGGGCCUGAGGAUGACCUCACCGGCAUGUUGCUUCAGAUGUUCCCUCUGAAGGUGGACCACCGCAGGCCCAGCCCCCCUCCCCGGCCCCUCUCCUUGGCCCUGCAGCAGGCUCUGGCCCAAGAGCUGGUGCGUGCCAGACAGGGGGGGCAACCCCAGCAGGGUGGGAUGUCAGUGCGUCUCCUACAGGCCCUGACUGCCCUGCUCAGCUCUGCCCACGCCGGGGCCCUUGUCAUGGCCAUGAACCGCAGCCACGCCCUGUCCUGCCCCAUGCUGCGCCAGCUGCACCUCUACCAGCGGCUGGUGUCGCAGGACGUGGCCUUCUCCUCUCUCUUCUUCAAGGCUGUCAUGGAGAUGAUGACAUGGUUGGAGAACCCGGCCGUGGAGGCGGGGCCGCUGCGGCCCUUGCUCAAGUCCUUCGCUGGACAGUAUUCCCAGAAGCACCGGCUCACUGAUGUUCGUACAGGCUUCCUCCACCUGGCUGAGGCCCUGGCUUAUCGGAGGGACUCCGAGGUGGCCGUGAGGGCCAUAAUCGCCACACUGAAGGCAGGGGAGAGAUGUAAUGCAGAGCCGGAACUGAUAGGCAAAGUGUUACAGGGGCUAGUGGAGGGGAAGUCUCCAUAUUUGGAGGAACUGCUGGCCUUGCUAAUGACUAUUGGAACAGAGACGGGGACCGGCUCUACCACCGGAGGCCCUGUUGCCAUGGUGAUAGCGCUGCUUCUCCAGGAGACUGAAGAGCAAGCCGUGAAAAUGGAGGUGGAUACAAACAACAGCUCCGAGGUGACAAAGACUGGGUCCAGCUCAGGGCUGCUUGUUGAUUGGCUGGGACUUCUUGACCCUGAGGUCACAUCUGUGUGUCCAGACCUUCAGCGGAAGCUGCUCUUUGCUCUCAACAAGGGUAAAGGAACUCCCUCCUACAGACCAUACCUUCUGGCAUUGCUGACCCAUCAGUCCAACUGGACAACUCUUCAUCAGUGCAUCAGUGCUCUUCUCAGCAAGCAGCAAGACCAGCGACUGGACCCAUCUUCUGCUCUGGACUUCCUGUGGGCCUGCAGUCACAUCCCUCGUAUCUGGCAGGGCCGGGACCAGAAGACCCCACAGAAACAGACAGAUACGUUUGUCCUGCGGUUGAACCCGGAGGAGCUUAUCAGUCUGGUGGACCUCAUCAUAUCAGAGUCUGAGCUCAACAGCCGCGGCGACUCCUCGCCCCCUGCCAACGCCGCCGUCAAUGCCAAGAGCACCCUGGACCACACCUCCUGCUCCCUCAUCCAGUCACGGCUGCCCCUGCUCCACAGCUGUUGCCAUGGCGACCUGGAGAGAGUGAAGAACGUCUCGGAAUACCUCAUCAACUGCACAAAGAAAUGGGGAGACAGUGUGAUGAGUAAGCGGUGCCAGAACCUCCUGCUCCAGCUCUACCUGCACUUCCCAGAGGUCAUCCAGCACGUGACCUUACCUGACGCCACCCUGAGCAGCGAGGGGGCCGCCGACGGCACCACAUGCAAGCACGACGUCCUGGUUCACCGUCUGGUCACGUUGCUAGGCGAUACGGGAGACACAAAGUCGGCUGAGAACCGGAUGUCAGACGCUAACCUGGCCUGCAGGAAGCUGGCUGUGUCCCACCCUGUCCUCCUCCUCAGACACUUGCCGAUGAUCGGAGCGCUUCUCCACGGACGCAUCCACCUCAACUUCCAGGAGUUCCGGAGCCAGAACCACCUGACAUUCUUCAGCAAUGUGCUGGCCAUCCUGGAGCUGCUGCAGCCGUUAGUGUUCCACAGUGAACACCAGAGGGCGCUGCAGGACUGCCUGCUCUCCUUCAUGAAGAUCCUGCAGAACCUCAGGAGACCUCGUAUGCAUCCGUUGGCCGUCUUCAGUAAAUAUGUACAGUUCAUUCAGAAGUACAUUACCCACGAUGCAGCAACAGCCAUUCCCUAUCUACAGAAGCAUUCCGAUAUCCUUCAGGGGCUCUCGUCAGAGCACCCUGACCUGCUGCUCAAGUCCCUGCUGGCUGGCCUCACCCUGCCUGUGAAGACUGGCUCCUCUGACAGCUCUGCAGAGGACAGAGAUGAUGAGUCGUCCUCUGGUUCCCUGCCCAUGGUCAGUAUCUCAGCCUCCGUUCCACUGACUGCAGCUGACAUGACCAAGUACCUGAAGAAGAUCUCCAGGGGAGAAGCCAUAGAAGACGUGCUGGAAGUUCUGACCGAGGUGGAGGACAAGUCCAAGAGGAAUCCUGAGAUCAUCCAGUACUUCACUAAUGACCUGCAGAGACUGAUGAGUUCUACUGAGGAGUUGUGUCGUAGCAUGGCCUUCAGCCUGGCCCUGCGCUGUAUCCAGAACAACCCGUGCACUGCAGCAGACUUCCUGCCCACCUUCAUGUACUGUAUGGGCAGCGGGAACUUUGACGUGGUGCAGACAGCGCUUAGGAACCUGCCAGAAUACGUGCUGCUCUGUCAAGAGCAUGCAGACAUCUUACUCCACAAGGCCUUCUUGGUGGGGAUCUAUGGGCAGAUUGACACCAGCUCUAUGAUCUCUGAGUCCAUGAAGGUCCUGCACAUGGAAGCAACAACAUGAGGACCCGGAGGUACAAGUCCUUCUCAUCUGACGGGAGGCAGUGUCACCAUAACGUUUUUGUACUGUAGAUUUAGACUGGUGUCAUACACAACUGCUCUUUUCUUUUUAUCCAUUUGGUCAUUUCAUCAGGAUUUAUGGAUUGAUACGAACUGAUUAUUUGAUUCGAAGGUAUUCAAAAAAUGGUGAUAAUGAUUAUUGUAUAAAAAAAAAUAGUAUAAUAAUAAAGUCACUCAUGCUUGUUUUGCA